CUGAGAUGAGUGCUGUGAGUGAAGAGUCGCUGCUGGAUUAUUUCUACUCCACCGGAGGCAAUUCAGGCAGAGUCAAAAAUGCAGAUAUACUGAAGACAUUUAAGCCCUUUAUUGGCCAUAGUGACUUGCAGUUGCGUGGGUGAAAAGUAUCUUGUCCUAAAGAAGAAAUACAGGCAAAUGCUGCAUGAGCGAUACACCAAACAUCAAGGGACUGAUGGGGACGGACAGAGACAUUCGAGGCCGGCCAGACCUUCUGCCACUGUACUGUGGGACGUGACGGACGCCUCGACUUCUUCUUCUCACCAGAAGGAACCACGGAUGAGCCGAUGCCAUGCAGAGAGCCCGACAGUGAUGCAGAGGACCAGCAGACAGGAACAGCCUUCAUGCAGCACACUGUACUGCAAUGCCCUGUCAUCCAAAUCCAGGAACCCUCAGCACAAAGCAAUGGGGACGAUGAGCUGGACAAAGAUUCGGGGUCAAAGUCCGAGUCAGAGCAAGACGAGGAGUGUACGGGGAGUAUGGGCUCCGCUGCUGUCGCUCUGGAUCCUAUAGAGAAGGAGUGGAUCUACUCCGCUGCCGGUGCUCGAGUCCCUGACCUCUCACAGCUGCUCAGACAGGACCCCUCGCUGGCACACAAGAAGGACUUCACCUCAGGGUUUACAGCACUGCACUGGGCUGCCAAACAUGGCAGUGGGGACAUGGCCACUCUGGUGGCAAAUGCUGGUGCUGAUGUCAACACCAAAUCACAUGGGGGAUAUACACCUUUACACAUUGCAGCAUUACAUGGUCAUCGGCAUAUUCUAGACCUGCUCAUAGGGACAUAUGGGGCUAAAGAAAACUUAAGAGACUACAGUGGCCAUCUUGCCUGCCAUUAUCUGAACAUCAAAGAACAAGAGGGUCCAGAGGAAGACUGUGAGCUGCAGUUUCAAGGCCCUCAGGCCAGAGAGCGGAACAAGAACAGGAAGUUGGUAUCGUUGUUUCAAUCUAAGAAGAAGUGGGGCUCAGCAGAGGAGCUGGCUCCGAUAGAGGAGGAGAGGACGGCGUCGAAUCAGCUCGCCCUUCCUGCAUUCAGACCCAGAAAAUUCUCUCGCUGAGGAGAAACCGACACCAUUUCUGAUUCUGCUAGCUCUCCUGCACUCACACAUCCACUUAAUCCUUACAUUCACAUAAAUUACACUCAUAAUGUAAACCUAAAUGCAUAUGUUAUGUGCACACACACACACCAUUCAACCUAUGCUUACCGAAACAAUCCCACACGUUUGCUGAUGCACCUAAACGGCUCAUCCAAGUACUGAACGCAGAUGCUUUAACAGUGAACAGGUGGUGUUGCAGAUGAUGCUAUGCUACUAUCAAUAUUUAUGCUAACCAUACAAAUAUUUCUUGAAGCCUUUACAUUUUAAUGAAUGUUGCUAACAGUUACUUAUGCCUUACAAUUUAAAAUAGGCUCAGGCCACACGGAGUCUUUAAGCUUGUCAUCGUCUUUGUUUGUGUUAAAGUGAGCAAUUUUGAAGAGCAGACAACAACUGGACAGUAAAAGUGUCCAGAUGAUCAAGAUUCAUUUCACUGGAGAUAAAAACCAAAAGCAGCCGCGUUUGUAACCAGACUUGUCUUUCAAAGGAUCACACUGGUGGUUUGUUUUAGUCUGUUAUAUCUGCAUGCAAGUACAACAGAUAAAAUAAUUUGUACGCAUCACCAUGCUGAAUAUUUUCCAAAACAUACCAGUUUGUUGCAAUUUACAUGUUAUACUGAUUUCCUAUCUGUUACACAGCAACAGAAUUAUUAUGAGACAAUAACACAACUUAAAUGGAUAAAUCAACAAAAAUCGAUCAGUCAGUCAAUAAAACAUUCAGUGUGUGUUAAAUUUUACUUAACUAGCAAGAUUCAGUUUCCUGAAAGUUAAUUUUCAAACUGUACUGAAGACAGUGGCUUCUUGGAAGGUAGAAAAUGAGUCUCUAAAGUGUCUGCAAUUUGUAGUUAAUGUUCUUAAACAUAUCAUCACAUCAUUGUGUUCCUACCUGAGCCACAUUUUUCUCAUUACCAUUGCUAACUCUAAUACAGGUCAAGGUUUAGAUUGUCCGCCACCCUCAGUAUUUACAUGUCUGUCAUUCCUCUGCUGGCUACUGUCAGGCUGUAAUGACUGUUUUUCUGUCAUGGUUCAGUUCAUCUGUGCUUGACAUUGUUGUUGUCACUGACGUGAGUUUUUAUGACUGAUGUACUUGCAGUAUGAGCAAAGAUGAUCUAACAUCUUUGCCGCUCUGUUACUUGAUUUAGUUACCUCUGAAACCUCUUGCGUCAACAUGGUGAAUGUUAACGGAUUGUGCUUAAAUUAUUCUUUUAAUUAUUAAUCUAAUUUGUCCACCCCCUGUGCAUUAAAGUACUAAGUUAACUUUUGCAAAAGAAAUUUGCACUACUACAUUGUGAAUCAGAGUCUUCUGAAUUAUUUUGUCCAUUGGUAUUAAAGGGCCUUUGUAUAGCUUUAGACAUCAUUUUCAUUUGCUGUAAAAGAUGCUUAGCGUAACUAUUUCUUUAAGAUCUGGUGCCAGUGUAAAAGUUAUAGUUGUAUGUAUUUUUCAAGCUAAAUGUAUAAUCUAAACUACAAAACCUGCCUCCAUUACAAUAUUUAUAUAAUGACGAUAGUUUACUAUUAAACUAUAUUUUAUAUCAAACUGGA